AUGCUUUCGGUUCAGCUGCCCUACGCGACGCUACCAACGCGUAGCGCCCUCCUAGGGUUCAUCACUCUCGGCGUGGCAUACGUCUUGGCACGAUGCAUAUAUCUGCUUUACUUUCAUCCCCUGGCCAAGUACCCAGGCCCUAAGCUUGCUGCCCUAAGCGAGACAUGGCUGAAGCGGUCCAACGCCACCGGCAUGCACACCUUCCGGAUGCAAGAGCUCUUCCAGAAGCAUGGUGACAUCGUCCGCGUCGGCCCCAACGAUCUGACCUUCGCCUCGGUGACCGCCUACCAAGACAUCUACGGCCACGUCACCCAGGGCAAGAAGCGUUUUCUCAAGUCGCCCAUCUACGAGCGCGAGGAGCCGCGCAUUACCUCGGUGCGCGACCCGGCUGUCCACGCCGAGCAGCGCCGGGCCCUCUCGCAUGCCUUCAGCGCCCGCGCUCUGCGGGAUCAGGAGGAGGUUGUGCAUCAGUAUGUGGACCUGCUGAUCAAGCAGCUCGGGAUCCUGGGCGAGGGCGGUAAGAAGCCUGUCGAUAUUGUCGAGGCCUGGAACUGGUUGACAUUUGAUGUGAUUGGCGAUCUUGCCUUUGGAGAACCAUUUGGCGCUAUAGCCAACGCAUCGAGCGAGUGGGUGCAGGGCAUCCUCGACUGGUCGCUCUACCAGGCCCUCGACCACUCGAUGAAGAAACAGACCUGGCUGAGGCUGACCCUCCCGAUCAUCUGGGGCUCCCGGCUGGCCAAGAUGCGCGAGGUAUCGGAGAAGUCGCGGGCCAUGGCCGUCGACAAGACCGAGAGGCGCCUUGCCGCCCCCGCCGACUCCCUGGAGCGCCAGGACUUCUUCAGCCACCUGAUCAAGAAGAAGGAGGUCACCGCAGACUUCAUCAUGGGCACCUCGCAGACGCUGAUUGUCGCCGGCUCCGAGACCACCGCCACCGCGCUGUCCGCCAUCAUGUUCUGGCUGCUCAAGAACCCAGAGUGCCUCGCCAAGCUGACCCACGAGAUCCGCUCCACGUUCAGCGCCCCGGAGGAGAUCACAGGAGACGCAGCGGCCCGGUGCCAGUACCUGCACGGCGUCAUCGAGGAAGGGCUCCGGAUCUCCCCGCCCGUGGCCAUCGGCCUGCCGCGGGACAGCCCCGGCGCCACGAUCGACGGCGAGUAUAUACCAGAGGGCAUCACCGUCUCUGGCGACAUCUACACCCUCGCCAGGCACCCCAAGUACUGGAAGGAUCCCGAGUCGUUCAUCCCCGAGCGCUGGCUCGGCGAGGGCCUUGGCGACGACAAGAGGGCCUUCCAGCCCUUCUCGACCGGGCCCAGGGCCUGUCUGGGGAUCAACCUCGCGUACCUCGAGAUGCGCGUCAUGCUGGCCAAGCUCAUUUUUGCGUACGACCUGGAGCUGGAGUCCAAGGAGAUCGAGGACUGGAAUCGCUCGUGCAGGAUCUUUGGCUUGUGGAAGAAGCCCCCGCUGAUGCUCAAGCUUCAUCCUCGUAAGGCGUGAUGGGUUGGAAGGUCGUGCGAGCUUGAGGCCAUUUUGUUUUUUGUGUUUUCUUCUUGUCCUCUUCGUUUCUUCUUCUCUUUUUCUCUUCCUAUGGUCAGCUAGCGACAAUAUAGAAAGUGAAAGAU